CGUUCCCAACUCUUCAUAUCCCAGGCUCACCAGCUUUUUUUUUCCCUUCCUGCCAUCGACUUCUUCCUCCCAAGAUAGACACGCUCUCGCUAUUCGUGUCGUCUGGCCCUGUCGUUGUUGCACCAUCUUCUUUUCUUCGAGCCAGCCACGUCUGUGUCGAAUUCAUUUCAUUCAAGGAGCGUCCCUGCCGCGACUACCUCCUCUUAACGUCUCGAGCAACUCCCUUCAGCGACCCUUUCGUUGGUUCCUUUAUCCCCCAGUUGCGUGUCUUCUGUUGACCCAACGCAUUAAUUCUCAUCCAAUUCGACAAAAGCCUUUGACGGAUUGCCUCACGCCUGCUCCCUGGGCUUUCACUUGUACCAUACUUUAAUCUUGCAUCCAAGUUCUCCAUCCGAGUUAUUCAUCCACAAUGGCCAUCACACAAGUCCUCCUCCCUGCGCUCGCGUUCGCGAGCGUCGCCCUCGCUCAAUCCAGCACCAGUAGUAUCUGCGCUGGUCCUUCCUUCACCAUCACCAGCAAUGCUGAAGCAACCCAGAUUGCCGACUGCUCCACAUACAGAGGAGACAUCUAUAUUGAUUCCUCUGCUUCUGGCCAGAUCUCUCUAGACGGUAUCGAGCAGAUCACUGGCGAUCUCACUGUGAACAAUGCCACCCAGUUGACAGCCAUCACCUCUGACAAGAUUGGCACGAUUGGAGGCGUCUUCAGCUUGACCGGCCUGACCAUCAUGUCAACAUUACAAUUCGAUUCCCUCACUCGUGUAAACAGAAUCAACUGGGUCGGCCUUCCAGCUCUCCAGAGCCUUAACUUUGCUCAGGGAGUCUCAGAGUCGAACGAAAUCUACAUCUCCAACACACAGUUGAACAACAUCAAUGGUAUCGAGUUGACCGCAGUAGGGAGCCUUGAUAUCAAUAACAACCCCUAUCUCACCUCUGUCGACGUCAAUGCCUUGAGGAACGUCACCACCGCCCUUGCAUUCUCCGCCAACGGCAGGGAACUGGAAAUCAGUUUUCCUAACUUGAGGGAUGCAGCUAACCUCACCUUCCGAGACGUUAGCAAGAUCGAAAUGCCAUCCCUUGCCAACGUCGGCGGUUCCAUUGGUUUCUACACCGACAAGUUUGAGAGUUUCGCUGCUCCCAAUUUGACCAGCACCGGCGGCACCUUGGCCUUUGUUGACUGCCCCGAAUUGAACAACCUUUCAUUCCCUAGCCUCGAGCUCAUUGGCGGUGGUUUCUUGCUUGCCAACAAUACCAAACUCACCGCCAUCAGAGGUUUCCCCCAGCUGGCGACUGUUGUGGGCGCUCUCGACUUUGCCGGCACUUUUGAGAGUGUGACCCUCAACUCAUUGUCUGACGUCCGAGGUGGCUCCAACGUCCAGACGACCUCGACCAACUCCACCAUCUGCGACCUUUUCGACACCGCCCACGAGCGCGGUGCGAUUAAGGGUGUCAACACCUGCAUCACUGGCACCGAAACCCCACAGAGCAACCAAUCUACCACUGGUACCGGUUCCACGCCUACCGGCACCGGAUCAUCAGACCACAAUGGUGCUGGUGCCUUGGCCCCCGUGUCCUUCACUGGUCUUGCUGGUCUGGUUGCUGCCCUUCUUUUCAUCUAAGCAAAUCAUUGGUAUCGGCGUUUGUCUUGGGUCUGUAGACUAGCUUAAUAUCCGACGGGUGAUGUCCUUCUAUGCUUGUCUUAUCCGAUCACUUGCACUCUCCAGAUGCGAAGCAGCAGCGACGCAAAAAGUACAAACAUGGUGCAGUGGGCUUUUGCUCUUGCGCACGCACCCCUCUCUCAGGCCGGGAUGCGAGUCUUGUAUUGGGCAUGAUCCCUCUACUGGCAGGUUGUUGAAGUCGAGCGACAGAGUGCCCUCGUGGGCUUGCGUGUGGAUAGGCAUACAAAUGAAUAUGUUUCCUUGUUGA